AUGGAUCACCGCCUGGAAGGAACAUGUCGAUCACGUGCUAAGAUAGUCAUACGGAACACUGUCUCUAGCCCCUGAAGCACCUGUUUUAUGUUUAUUUCGUUGUAAAUUCCGGAGUUACGCUUCGGAGCUUUGCGUGGCUGAACAAAUAGAUUACACUUCCCUCUACUAAAAAUAUUCUAACUUUGCCGGUUAUUCUUUCAAGAUGGUGACUGUGACUAGGAAUAAGCAGAGACCACCAUAGCAAAAAUAUCCGAGAUAAAGAGGAGAUAAGAGGGAGAGAAAAAGCAAUAUUCAAACGAAGAGAAUGACAUAUAUAUACGUCAAGUUGUGUUUACAUAUGCACUAUUAAAACUUGCACUUAAAGUCUUGCCAAUGAUAUUAUUCUUGUCAGCAUUGAAUAUUCGAUUACCCUUCUAAUAAAGAUACUGAGUAGUACCCGCUUCGAUCCAAAUUCGUGUCUGAUUUGACUUCCAAUAGUGAUCGCUGGACCUCCGCUCGUUUGCUAAACCUCACGAACGACUCCAAAUUUCAUCUCACUGAUUUUUUAAUCCGAAAACGAUUAUCCUUGAAAAUAAAAUGCUAGCUAAUAAGAAAAAACAUUGUUCGUCUGUUACGAACAAUGGGGAAGGGAAAAAAAGCAACUCUGGGGUUCGAGUUACUCAUUUACCAGGUGGCGGAGGCAUUUCGGAGUCAAAUUAUCCUAAAGCCGUGGGUCAAGCAAGACCUUUAGCAAUCUCGUUCUUAGAACCCGCGGCCCGCAGAGCCUGCUACUACUACCGAGUACCAAAUACUACUACCGAGUACCAAAUACUACUACUGAGUACCCGCUUCGAUCCAAAUUCGUGUCUGAUUUGACUUCCAAUAGUGAUCGCUGUACCUCCGCUCGCUUGCUAAACCUCACGAACGACUCCAAAUUUCAUCUCACUGAUUUUUUUAAUCCGAAAAAAUGCCCGCAAAGCCUGCUGGGUCAUGCUCCUAUGAUCAGACGUAAACAAGGCGGAAGUGUGAGUAAGAAAGGUCCAAGUAAGUCGUGCAAGGUAAAGUUGCUCAUAUAAUUUAACCGGACACACAGCCGCUGAUAGUGCGCUAUUUUGCUGCCUAUAUAAACGUUCUGUCAUUGCAGGCUGGACUACCAAGUCAGGAUGGACAAGACAAAUAUAGAAGAGAGACUUCAAAAAGAAGUGGAAUGCCCCAUUUGCCUGGAACGAUUUAAAGACCCACGUGUCCUUCCAUGUCUUCAUACCUUUUGUUAUGAAUGCUUAGUUGGUCUGGCUUCUCGUUAUAAAACCGAGGGUAAAUGGCCAUGUCCACAGUGCAAGAUGGUGGUACAGGUAUCACCUGCAGAAGUAUCUUCUCUAAAAGUCAACUUCCUGAUGAACACUCUUCUUUCUGUUGUUACCAAUGGCUCCAAGUCAGCAAAACCCCAAUGUCAGAUGUGUACAAGUCAAGAUCACGCCAAGGGAGGUUGUACUGACUGUGGCGAACUGGUGUGUGAGGCGUGCAUUGCAAGCCAUAAGCGCAUGCGUGCCACCCAGCAUCACCACAUUGCCAGUCUUGAUGAGGUGCUAAAUGGAGGCUUCAUUAUGAAACAGCCAUUGUAUUGCCUCAAGCACAAGGGAGAAGUCAUAAAGCUAUUUUGUGAUACAUGUGAUUGCCUAAUUUGCAAGGACUGCUUGAUUGUUGACCACAAAGGACAUGACUACAACUUCACUGACUUUGUUGCUGACCGUGAAAAGAAAAUCAUUAAAGGUAAAAUUGAUGAAGUUAGUAAAAUGGGAAAUGAUCUCAACGAACAUCUUGCUUCUGUCAGGGCAGCUAUGAGAAAAGUGGAAUUGAAAAAGCAUUCCAUGAAUGAAGUGGUUGACCAGUUCAUUGAUAAACAGAUUACUAUUCUGCAAAAUUUACGCAUUAGGCUUAAAACGGAAAUCCAGUUGGUCUUUCAGAAGGAUAGCAACCAGCUAACAGCUAAGGAGAUUGACCUCACUGCCAGAAUUGAGCAUGUUUGUGGAGGUGUUGAUUUUGCAGAGAAAGUAUGUGACCAGACAGUGAAUGAAGCUGAUUUUCUCUCUAUCAAGAAGGAUGUUAGUGCCCAGCUCACCGCACUAGCAGAGCAGCACAUUGAGGAACCUGAAAGUGUAAGCGGGGAAACAAUGAACCUUAGACUUGAAUAUGAUAAGAAUUACUGGGCUGUGGCAGAUGAAAAAUUGUCAGUCACAACAAAAGCAAAGUAGCAAUACGAUGGACAAACUGCUUGUAUGCCCAAUGGGUACCCCUUCCCAGCAAGGUUUUGCUGACAACAAGGUCCUGAAAGGCCAUUGAGUAAUAGACUUGUAGUCAAGACAACAAGUAAUGAAACAAUGAGGACUGUAAACUGCAUUAGAAAUAAUAACAUAGAAAUUAAAGAGCUGCAGUUUACUGAGGUCUGGAGACCCUCUAGUUUAAGCCAUCAUAUAAAUGAGGAAAAAAAGAAAUGUGGACUUCCACUAAA